AUGAUGCUUCACACGGUUUCCCGCUGCUGCGGCUACUGCGCGCUUCUUGGUGUCACACUUCUUGUUGUUGCCUCAAUGAUCACCCGUCCUGCCGCGGGUGCGACAAUGUCUGACACGGUUGCCGCGUCCAUUGUGGAUGUUGCGAAGGGCGGGCUGAUGCUGAGCAGAUACGCGAGCGAGAAGGUCCUCCACGCCGUGCCUCCCACGUUGCGGCCUCACGUCCGUCAGUUUCUUGCGGGAGCAACCGCCGUCGCGUUGGUGGGACAUGGACUCGGCUCCAUGCCAGGCGUUUUGGAUGCCGACACUGACGCGUCGUUGUCAUCGGAAGAGGCGUCCGGGAAAAGUGCUCAAAUGACGCGUUUUUUCACGGCUGUGACGGCGCAUCCCGUUGAAAAAUUCUUCUACGCAUUGGGUGGUAUUUUUGUGGAGUUGUUGCUGCUGCGCCUGCUAGUGUCCCCCCCGCGGCUUACCUCCUUUGUAGAAGCCAUGCGUGGUAGCAAGGAUAAGACGCGUAAAACGCUGACGCGGAGACUUUUCUCAACACACGUUGGUUGGGGAUUACUUGUUUUGUGUAUCGCCACUCCCAAUGGGGUGAUCGAGGCGGGUCUUAUUGUUGCCAUGCUCAUUCGCUUGCCACUUGAGACAUAUGCACCAGCAUUAGUCAUUGGCAAACUGGCACAGCCUUAUUUUGCCGCCGUACUGCACGAGUUGCCGUUUGUGAGGCGAGUGAUGCAAAAAACAUUUUGGUUCUCAGCGAAGGAUGAGAAGACGCCUUUUGCGUCGCUGUUGCCGCUGUACAAGACGGCUAUUGAGGUGGCGUUGUGGGUGGCUGUUGUGGCUGCUCUCCUCCUCCUCGUCGCUCGGUUCAUGUGUGCUGACGCAACGAUAGAAGUAGAUGAGGAUGAAAAAAUUGUCAUUUCUGAUUUAAUGAAUGAAGACGGCGAGAGUGACGAGGAGUAG